GUACGGUAUUACUACUGCGAACAAUGUGUUAUGCUUGCCAUCACUGCUACUCAUUUUCUUUCGCAGAUCGUAACUAUUCACGCGUUACUGUAGUAGAUGUAGUUGCAGUAUGCAAUUGGUGCCAUCCCAAGAGCUUUUCGCCAGUCUAUUAGCCGAGUGACAGUAUAGAGGUUGCGGCAAUGGGACAUCUGCGUCAUUUGCUAGAAUAUAACGAUGUAAAUGGGAUCCGUGCUCUCGUCCAGGCGCUGUGGGCUAGCAGACAGAAACACGGAUCCUUUACAAGCGCCGAUGCCGAUGAUGCGGUAUGGUUCCUACAGCGAACAGCGGACAACCCGGGGAUGCAGGCGGAGUUCUGGCCAAGGUUCCUUGGCCUGCUCACGCGCUGGGCUUUUACAAUGACCAGAGGUAGCAUCUCUGGACCGCCAGGCACUCCGGGCGGUGCAGCGGCCCUUGCGCCGUUGCAGCAGUGGCUCGCGGGCUUCCUGGAGUCGCAUGAGGUGCCCUGGAUAGUGCAUGCACCGGCGCUAUUGCUGCUAGCCGUGCUUUCAAUGCGGCUUGAGGCGUUGGAAGGGCCGAUGCAGCAACAGCAGCAGCAGCAGCAGGGGCCUUCACCGCAAGUUGCCGUGCACAGGGCCCUCAGCGCAGCCCUAGCACCGCAACGCCCCCCCGCUCCUGACCUGCUGCAGCACUCGGGCGCGGCGGUGACCGACCUCUGUGCGGCAGCGGAGCUGGUUUUGGAGCGGCUUGCGGUUGGCGGAGACCCCCUGCAGUUUGCUGAGCUCCUAGGGGCCCUCAUGGCCACCCUUAGCGCCGCCGUGG